AUGCCUCCCGUGUCCAAGACCUGCCAAGGCUGUGCGAAUUCCAAGGUCCGAUGUAUUCGAACUUCCGAGAAUCCUCACGUUUGCAAAAGAUGCCUGCGCCUAGGCAGAGAAUGCCUCUAUAGGCAAACGGGCCGUCGCUUCAACGGCUUCCAGAAAGAUCGAAAGAUUGAAGCUCUUGAAUCCAAGGUCAGGGAAUUGAUGACCGACCAAAAUGCAGCGCAGUCAUUACAAGCAACUCCGGAGACAGCGCCUAGAACACGAAGCACAUCUGUGACCGAAAGCGACGACGGCGACAAGGAUAUCAUUGACCAGGGCUUUCUAAGCAUAGAGGCUGCGGAGAACUAUCUCAAGGCAUUCAAGUCAACUUUGACACCACACUUUCCCUUCGUGGUUAUCCCUCAUCAUGUCUCUUCCGUCGAGUUGCGACAGGAAAAGCCGUUUCUGUUCCUUGCCAUCAUGGCCUCAGCAUCAUACGAUAAUAUGCCAUUGCAGAGAUUACUAGGUGCCGAAGUCAAGAGAGCUGUUGCCUCUCGUAUCAUUCUCAAUGGAGAAGUGUCAUUCGACUUGCUGCAAGGGCUACUGGUGUUUCUGGCUUGGUAUGCAUAUGCCACUCGCGUCUCAAUAUUGCAUCUGUCGCAUUAUUACACGAAGCCACAGCGCUAUACCCAGUUUCUCCAGUUGGCUGUAAGCAUCAUUAUAGACUUGCGAUUGGACCGACCGUCACAAACAAAGACGUGGAAAACUAAGCUCCACUUUGAAAAACAAGCUCUGGUAGAUGAACAGACAUGGGAUCGAUCAUCAUGGGGUAGUGAUGAGGAAAGAGCUGUUAUUGGCUGUUACUAUCUAUCGUCGGCGAUCUCUAUUCUUCUUCAGAAGCAGGCUACCUUUUCCUAUAUUCCGUACCUUGAAGAGUGCUGCCAGUCGCUUCAGGAUGGGAAAGAGUAUCCUCAUGAUCAGCACAUCACUGCACUCGUCCAGUUGCAACACAUCGCAGAAAAAAUAGAUCGACUAUCUACAAAUCCCAGACACGAGCCCAUGACACCCGGUUCGGGCUCCGCACUUUAUGUGACAAGCCUCAGAUCAGACUUGGAGGGAUUUCAAAAUCGACUACCAUUCAAUAUCUACGAUGCUCCAUUUCUUGCCAUUCAAUUUUACGCAACUGCUCUAUCUCUAUAUCAACUCGCUCUCACUACGAUCAACCCCCAAUCUGGAUCCCAGGUAACGGCUCUCCAGCCUGACUGGAAUGAGAUGUCGUGUGCAGCGAUUAGUGCCUCAGAAUGCAUACUAAAUCUAUACCUCUCGCUUUCACCUGGCACCGAAUUAGGGUUUACAAACACGCAAUGGGUGCAAAUGGCUUUUGCCAUGGUCAUCCUAUACCGGCAUACUGCCAAAUCCAAUCCAACUCAGACAGCAGCAUUCCUUACGCUGUUAAACCAGCUACAGUUGCGCGUGGGCGCCUUGUCGACUCCUGAGGUGGACUCGAAUGGAGAUCGUGAUACUUUCUUUGGAUUCACGAGACGAGUUACUCAGAUUAAAGCGUUGCUAGACAAUUCACCGAAAGACAUCGGUCAAGACGGCUCAUCAAUUCCUGGAGCUGGAAUGAAUGUGUCUGUCAACAUCUCCGACCCGCUUGAGGAUGACUCGUUGGGUUUGGGUAGUCUAGUUCCGGAGGAUCUCUUGAUGCACGUUGAUUUCUCGUCUAAUUAUCUGUUUGAGGCUUCUGUGGAGCAGAUCAUGGGUAAUUGGAUCUGA